AAGAAUUUGAGAUUGAUGUGCAUGAUAAUUCCUGCAGUGAAAUUCCAUAAACCCCAAUGGCAAAUUUCGCUUAAUAUUUGUGUUCACGAUAAGUGUUUGCUCUUUGAAUUGCAUAUGUAAAAUUCUUUUGUUUCUGACAACAAUAACCUUCCAAAGUAUGCAAGAAAAUCCUGAAAUUGAACAGAGAUGGAUCAUUGCAUAAAACAGAACAUUCACUAACCUAUUAGUCUAUUACUGAGUAAGUGUUUCCCUGGCAUCUUCUUGUGAAAAAUGUAGAAUCAACUUCAUUAUCGUCUUUGCUACUUUGGAAUUCAUGCUCUUAAUUUUUUAAUAAGUAAGAAUAUUCAGUUUCUUCAAGUUUUCAGUACUUGAUGCAAAUAUGUUAACAUCUCACAAAAUCCAUAACAUUUCCUUGAGAAAAACUAAUCACUUUCAUGGACUAAAGAAAACUAUGUGCGUGUACUGCACCUGUAAGGGUAAUGGGCAGAUUUUCCAACCAUUACCUCAGGCAGGUGGAUUCUGAAACGAUUUUAGGAAAGACAGACAGGUCAAAACUGAGCCCAUGAGCCUAUUGACUAUUGAGAAGUAUUAUUAAGUUUAUUGCUUUUAAGACUUGUAUUGGUUUUAUUUUGGAAUAUAGUUGUUAUAUAUAUAAUUUAUUCAUCUAACGUCUAUCCCGAAAUGGUACAUUGAAACGUACCAGUACCGAAAUAUUCUAUUACAGUGCCUUAACUAGGACGGUCACAGGAACUGAAUUUAAAACUUUGAUUUUUGCACCAAAAUAAAAUAAAAUAAAACCACUCCUUCAACCUUGCCACAAAAUUUUGACAUAUGAAAUGAUUUAAGUCUAUAUGUUAAGUAAAUAAAUAAGGUAAUUAUGAGAUCUUAAGACCUUGAAAAUUAUUUUCAAUUAAAUAAUCUAGAUUAUAAUAUUAUUGCAUAUAAUUUAUAAAAUAAAAUAAAGAAUUAAAGAUUCUCUAUAAAGAGGAAUGUAAAAUUUUUACCCUUAAGUUAUUUUGAGAGGAUUCUAAUAUUUUUUUUCAAAAAAAAAAAAAAAAAAAGCCUUUUAACAUGUGUGGGUCUUUUGAGAAGCUAUAUGAUGUGUAUAUUAUAUACUAAACUCUACAAGCGAAGCAAGCUGCUUCUAUUAAACAGCACAGUCAGAGUCUGGAACCAUACAAAGCAAAACCCGACCUUUGACUCUGGACUUGUCUUGAGCAAUGAGACUCGGUUUUGUUUGCUGCAUCACUAGCAGAUAGUAAACACUUGAAAGAGUCCUCCCUGUUAUUGAAAUCUUACCAUCAAAAGCAGUCAUUUCUGUUUCCGAUUGACCUCAAUGUCUCUCAGAAGACCACCACUGCCUCGUCUUCUACUUAAUAAGGUCUCUUGUAUGAGGAAUGCCCAGCAAAUCUUGCGACAUGUAAAUGUCUCCAUUCAUGAUGGUGGGGCGCUUGUGCUAACAGGUGCCAAUGGCUCAGGGAAGACUACUUUCCUCCGCAUGCUGGCUGGAUUUUCUCGGCCUUCUGCAGGUGAGAUCCUGUGGAACGGUCAUGACAUUACAGAGUCAGGAGUAUUUCACCAGUACAAGCUUCAGCUCAAUUGGCUCUCCCUGAAAGAUGCCAUCAGAGAGAAGUUUACAGUCUUGGACAAUGUCCAGUGGUUCGAGGUUCUUGAGGGCAAGCAGGGGAAGUCUAUGCCUGCGCUGGAGCUGAUGGGUCUUGGACGGUUGGCAAAGGACAAGGCAAGAAUGCUGUCAAUGGGCCAGCGGAAAAGGCUGCAACUUGCAAGGUUGCUGGCAAUGGAUCGGCCAAUUUGGUUGCUUGAUGAGCCUUCAGUUGCAUUAGAUGAAGAAGGGGUGAAGUUACUUGAGUAUAUCAUUGCCGAGCACAGGAAGAAGGGUGGGAUUGUGAUUGUGGCAACACAUCUCCCUAUUCAAAUUGAAGACGCCAUGUUUCUGAGGCUGCCACCAAGGUUUCCAAGAAAGAUGACAUUCGUAGAUAUGCUUGAUCGGACAGACCUCCUAUAGCAUCCCAUUACUAAUAUUAUUGUUUUCACAUAAACCCCGAGAAGACACCAUGCAGUUGCUUUGUAGUUUGUACCUUUGCAAAGCCUGAGAACUGUAUUAGAAGUGGGGGUCUGUACCAGCAUUAAGUUGAGUUCCUAAUCUUUUUUUUGUUUUUUCAUAUUACGAAUAAAAUAGCCUCAAUGGGACCAA